CUGCGCCGCCGGGCUAUUUACGUAUAUUAAUCGGCUUGGCCCGGAAACCGGAAGUGGCGUGGUUUCGGGAGACCAAGUUGCAGGAAGAAGUUCGCAAGAAGUCAGGUUCGGCAUGGAGUCUGAAGAUGCUGUUGCUCCUGAAAAAUUAAUUGAGGAUUUGAAUCUCUCAGAAAAACAGAGCAGUCCUACACAUCAUGCAUAUAUCCCCAGAGUCGUUGAAGAAGGUGUGAGUCAGUUGUCUGACUUGGGUAGAGAGGAUGAUGAUCUCUUCCAUGACUGCAAAGACUCUCUUGAAUCAAGAGUGGUGGAAGAGAAUCACAACAUUGAGACAGAUUCUUUAGAAAAUGAGAUGGAUCUAGAUGAAAAAGAAUUGCUGGAACUGGAAAAAAACAUGUCAGAGGAAGAAAAAGAGAAAAGAAGAAAUGAAAGCACAACAUUAAAAGAAGAAGGAAAUAAACAGUUUAAAAAUGGAGAGUAUAAAGAAGCAGAAGAUUCGUAUGCAAAAGCACUGCAGGUUUGUCCGGCCUCCUGUAACACAGAUAGAUCCAUUUUGUAUUCAAAUAGAGCUGCAGCAAGAAUGAAACAGGAUAAGAAAGAAAUGGCUAUAAGCGACUGCAGCAAAGCUCUAGAGUUAAACCCAAACUAUAUCAAAGCACUGUUGAGGAGGGCAGAACUGUAUGAAAAAACAGAAAAGUUAGAUGAAGCUUUAGAAGAUUACAAAAAUCUGCUGGAGAAAGAUCCAUCGGUAUAUCAAGCAAGGGAAGCUUGCAUGAGAUUGCCAAAAGAAAUAGAGGAACGUAAUGAAAAACUUAAGGCUGAGAUGUUAGGCAAGCUGAAGGAUCUUGGGAACCUGGUUCUUCGUCCAUUUGGCUUAUCAACGGAAAACUUCCAAGUGAAGCAAGAUUCCUCAACUGGCUCCUACUCUAUCAACUUUGUUCAAAAUCCAAAUAAUAACAACCGAUAACACUAGCCCAAAUGGCAUGUGGCAAAAUUUUGGGCUUUGAGGCUUAAUGGUGAUGUGGUUUCGGUGAAUGCAAAAAGGAUGAGUAAACAUUUAAUGCAUAACAUCAUUCUUUAAACUGGGAGGAUUUGAACUGAGACCUAUGCAUUGUGUAUGUGUGUGUGAGAUUCUUUCAAAAGAGGUGGGCAGAAGAAGACUGUUAUUUGACCUUCGCAGCGAUGUUUCAUGCACUUUGGGCACUGCACCUUCCCUCUGAGGAGGGUGGGGGUUAGCUU